CGAAUUGAAUUGCAGUUGACACAGGAUAAAAGUGAGUUUGCCUGGGGCUCGGUGGUCAAUGCCGAGAUGAUAGUAGACCCGGACUACCAGAUGUACCAAGAUUUGUUCUACGAUACGUUUGAAUGGGGAGUUAUUGGUAAUAAAUUUAAAUGGAGACAUAUGGAAUGGAAAAGAGGUACAAUUGAUCAUGAAACAGCUUUAACUGCAACUAACGCUAUGCUUCAGAAAGGAAUAAAAGUGCGAGGUCACUGUGUAUUUUGGGGAAUAGAAAAGAAUGUACCAAUAUGGCAGACUGAUUUACCUGAUAGUGAGAUUAAGGGUACCCUUGAAGACAGAAUAAACGAUGUUAUACCCAUCACUAAAGGCUUAUUAGAACAUUGGGAUGUAAAUAAUGAGAAUGUUCAUGGUAAUUAUUAUGAAGAAAGAACUGGAGAUGUUAAUAUUACUCAGUGGAUGUUUAGAGAAAUCCAUAAACGUGAUCCUGAUGUCAAACUCUUUCUCAAUGAUUUCAGUGUUGUCAGCUCAUCAAAUGGCGGAGUGUCUUAUUAUAACCAAGGUAAACUGUUUAAAGAGGCUGGAGAUGUGCCUAUAUAUGGUAUUGGGAUUCAGAGUCAUCUUAACCAACAUGUGGAUAUUUCAGUACUGAGGUUUCGGUUGAAUAGAAUUGCUAGACUAGGGUUACCAAUUUGGAUUACAGAAUUAGAUAUCAGUGACUGGAAUGUCACGUCUAAAGCUGAAUACCUAGAGGAUGUCUUACGACUGUAUUUCAGUCACCCUAGUGUUGAAGGUGUGCUAUUGUGGGGCUACUGGAGCGGACGGAUUUGGAAACCAGCAGCUGCUCUUGCUACUGGACCUAAAGACAAUAUUCAGUGGAAUGCAGCUGGAGAAAGGUUAAGACAGCUGAUCAAAUCUGAUUGGAGGACAACAGCUAGACGAUCUAUGGCUAAUGGUCGAGUGCAUGUCAAAGCUUUCAGAGGAGAUUAUACGUUGGAAGUUUUAGAGAAUGGACAACCAAUACAUACAGAGAAAGUUACUCUUCCGAAAGAAGGGAGAAAACUACAGAUUAACUUAUCGAAUGACGGUAAUCAGAUGCUGAUAUGA